AUGGAUUCAUUACUCAUACAACAUUCAUCCCUUGUUCGUCGUCUUCGUCGUGAAAAUUCGAAUGUAACAGUUGCAGAAAUAAAAUUAUAUUUCGAUAAUAUUGUUUUCUAUAUAAAAAAUUUCAAUUUCAACAAUAAGAAAAACGAUGCUUUAGACAUUUUAACGCUUAUUUCUGAUGAUUUCGCAGCGAUGAACACUCUUCAAUUGUUUGAUCAUCCAGCUCUAAUUAAUCAUCCAAUAUUUAUCUACAUCGGACGUACAUUAGAAAUGUUAUUAGUUAAAAUGAAUCAUUCACAAUCAAUCCCAAUGGCAAAAUAUGAAGAAGAUUGCUUUUAUUCUAUUAGUUAUUUAAUAGCACAAUUAUGUUUAUAUCGAAAUGAAACUAUCAAAUUAUUCUAUGGAUCAAUAUCAGAUGAAAUAUUUCCUGUAACAGAUAAAAUCAACAUUAGAGAUGAAAGCAUCAAUGAAAAUAGUAGAAGAUCUAAUCCAAUAGCAGAAAAACCAAAUUUAAAAGUGACUGGUCUACCUCCGCGUGCACCUAUAGCCCGUCCAAUUGAAGAAAAAGAUGAUGAUAUAACAAAAAUACCUCAUCGAAAAAUAUUUUCUGCUCAACUGGUUCCAGUGACGAAUGUCGUAGAAUUUCAAUCAGAAGUAUCACUGAUCCAAUCAACAGACUUCCCAUCUAAAACAUAUCAAGAAAUUCUUUUGACGAAUUCCUUAUUGAAUAAACUUACUCGUGCUAUUGAUGAUCUAUCCCGAAUUGAAUAUUCGCCAUAUCAUGUUAAAUAUAAAAUCAUAGACCGGCUUGUUCGUCUUUGUUCGAAAAUGAAUAUUGUCGAUCGAUUACUCGAUCCGAUUGUUAAAUGUUUAUGUUCAAAACUGUAUCGACAAGCUUUUAUAACGAUCGAGUCCGAACAGUUGCGCUUGAAUCCUAAACAAUUACUUUUUAUCUAUCAAUGUACACAAUUUAUUAUUCAACAUGAAUUUCAACGGCAAGAGCAAAUUCCUCAUCUACUUUGUCAAGCUAUGAUUGAUGUUACAAAACCAAUCGUGGAAAAUAUUUUGCCAAUAGCCGGCGAGUUCGAUGCCACAUAUUUUAAUGAUCGAGGGAUUGCUCUCUACGCUUUAUCUUGCCAUUUGGAAUUGUUAAAUCAUUUAUCAUUAACAUCGUCCGGUAGACGAUAUUUCAUGCAAAGUAAUAUUAUUGAUCAAAUGAAAACUAUCUUAUAUGACGAGGCAUUGCUUGAUAAUGCCGUUGAAAAUGAAGAACUAUUUCAUGCAGAUGUGGCUGUUGUUGUUUACACACUCAUGCUAUUGUGUAAUCUAGCUUAUGAAAAGCAAAUGUUUUCAAUAUUGAAAAAACAAAAUUUUCAAAAUAUUUAUUCUAAAUUAGAACCAGCGAAAGAUAGUACGAUUCAACUGGCAUGUCAAACUCUAUCAAUAAUUUUAAGUCAAGAUCAAAUUAAUGAAGAAAAUGAGCCAAUGAAAUUGCGAAAAAUGUGUGCCGAAUAUUUGGAGAAAAAUGUUAUUGAAUCGAAACAAAAAAAGAAGUUAGGUGUUGUGAAAGAUCGUGAAGAACGAGAUACUCACGUAAAACUUCGAUUUCUAAAUGAAACAUUUUUGGCAAAUUUAAAGCGAGAAAUUGAACAUUUAGCGACAACCGAAUAUGACUCAAAUCCAUCAAGGUACAAAAAUAUUGGACGAAAUGUUCGUGUUGUGUCGUUACAGGAGACCAGCGAAGUCGAAUCGCUACUUGAUCCUAUAUUACAAUGUUUGAAUUCGAAUUUUUAUCUGAAAGUCUUUGGAAAUAUUGAACUUAGCCAAUCGAAACCUAAAUACGGAGCGAUAUCAAAUAAUCGGCCUCUUGCAGCAAAACAUUUAUUUUUCAUGCGUGAAUGUCCAGAAUUUCUCUUUCGACAUGAUUAUAAACGAAGAAAGGAGACAGCUGAUACCUUGGGCAGAAUAAUGUUGGAACAUACUAAAAUAAUAUUCGAACAACACUUAUCUAUUCUGCUUGGCGAUGAGGGCAAACAAAAUGUAGACGAAAUAAAAGCAGCACGGAUGACAGCAUUAAGCUAUCAUGUGAAAUUGUUAAGUCAUUUUUCAUUGAUACGAUCAAUACGAAAACAAAUUGUAUCGUUGCCAAUCAUCAAUCAAAUAUUAUCAAUAUUAGAAGAUCAAUCAUUGAUUGAUAGUCGCGGACGGAUCGAUGAUGCAAAGAUCGGAAUUGUUGCACAAUCUCUAAUAUUAUUAUAUAAUCUUGCAGUCGAAGAUCAAGUAUUAGAAAUGCUUAAAACAAGAAAUCUCAUGAAAAUCUGUACGAAAUUACGUCUCGUCAAAGAUAAAAUUAUACAUUUUAUGUCACAAAUUUUAAUGAUAAUGUUAGAUAAAAAAGCCUAUGAAGAUAUAUAUGAACCGCAUUCGUUAUCAAAGACUUCUGUUGAAUAUAUUAAUAGAUCUAUUGUCGGGCCUAGGCAAGUACAUCAAGGUAUAAAAUUACAUCAUUUAUUGAAAAAUCUCGAAGGUAAACCAGAACAAUUCUUCAACUAUUCUUCAACUAUUCUUGAUAUUCUAGUUCUUACUCAAAAUGAUACAUUUAGUGAGUGUCUUGUUGAAGAAAAGGAAGGCAUUUCUGUUAUGACAAAAUGUGUUUGUGUAGAUAAGCUACAAGAUAAGAAUCCAGAUAGAAAAAAAGUUGUCGAGAGAAUUGUAGAGGAUAAAUCCUCAGAUGAUGAUAGAAAACAAAUAUUGGAGCGAAUACAAAAAUUGGCUGUACUUAUUAUUUGGAAACUUUCAUUUUAUGGACCGAAAACAAUUACAAAAUUGAAAUCGAAUGACUUAUUUAUCGACCAAAUUCUUUUUUUAUUAAGUGUAGCAUCAGAAAAAUCUAUCAAAACUCCAAAAUCAAUCAUUUGGAGAUUAGGUAAUGAAGAAACCAUACGUUCCGAAAUUGCAAAAAAAGAUAAGACUCAACGAAAAACUGACGAAGACACGACAGAUCCUGAUCAAUUGAUUUCAACGGAUGAAUGGGAUGAAUCAAUUCCGUAUGAUGUCAUCAUUAGCUACAGCAAUAAGACUCAGGAUAAGAUUCUAACUGUUAAAAUAUACAAUCGUCUAACAGCAACUGGCUAUCGAGUAUAUAGUGAAAAGCAAGGAAAUCAUCGGUUACAAUUAAUGAAAAAAGCAGUGGAAAAAAGAAAACCUAUACUUGUUUGUUUAUCGUCAGCAUAUCGUAAGUCAAAAAUAUGUAUGGCUGAACUUGAAUAUGCAUUUAAAGAGUCAAAUCCAGUUAUUCCAGUAAUUGUAGAGCCAAACUAUAAAAUACAAGGCUGGUUAAAGCAUAUUAUUAAUGGAAAAAAUCCUAUUGACUUAGCCAAUUUAAAAAUAAAAGAGUUCGAUGAUCAACUUAUUAGGGUAUCUAAAGAGAUUGAAGAAGCAAAAAUUGACGAUUAG